AUGUUUUUCUUCUUUUACCAUGGCAGAUCAAAACGAUAAAAAACGACCUAUUGAACUUACGGAUACUCAAAACAAGAAGCAGAAGAAAGAAGCAACCAUUCCUAUCUUGCGAGGCAGAUUCAAAAACAAAUGGCUCACUAAGCACUCUCAUUUGUUAAAACGUUCAGACGAUGCUAAUGGAUUACUCGUGUCAUGCAGUGUCAAUGCUGAAACGCGCGCACUUGGUCAAGUGUCCAAUUGUCUUGAGCAUUAUAUUAAAACUCUCUUUCCUAAUCAUGAAUCGACUUGGACGCGAUUUGAAGGAAAACUCGAUAUUGAUCAACUUGAUUUUGAAGACGAACAAGACCAAGAAUGGUCAGGAGAAACGAAAGUAGAACAGCGUAAAGACAAAAAGUUUCAAGCCAUCGAUGCUGCUUGUGGUGGUCUUGUGUUUUAUCGUUUCAGAAUCAAUGUCAAGCCUACUGAAUUUGUCACUCAGUUGUUUGAUUACUUGAAGCAAUUGCCAGACAAGGAGCGCGAACAAGAACUGAAUAAACUUAGACAUUGUGCAAGAUGGAUUCCUUUAGACUAUAUUUGUCCUGCUGUUACAGAACGUAUUGCCAGUUGCUUUGAAAGAGUGAAAAAGGACCAUUUUCCUACAAAAGAAACAGACGAGACAGUGGCUAUUAUUACUGAAAUUCGAAACAAUAUCAUGAUCAAUAAACAAGAAAUCAUUCAGACGAUUGCACCCCUUAUUCCUUCAACAUACAAGAUCGAUUUAAAGAAACCAACGUAUGUGAUAUUUGUCACUGUAUUUAAAAGUGCUUGUGGAAUCACUGUGCUUAAGGACUAUUAUGAAAGAAAGAAAUACAACCUUCUCUCAUACUGUCAAUAGUGUCACUCGAUAUGCUUUCCUCACUGAAUUAAAGCAAAGGAUGGGGAGUCCUUCCUAUAAAAAGAAUGCUUUAGAAAUACAUAAAAAUAACCCUAUUGUAUUUACCUCUUGUGCUUGUAUCAAGUCAUCUACUGUCAUGACUUGCUCCU